AUAGAGACAGAGCUUUCUGUGGAGAUAGAGACAGAGCUUACAGUGGAGAUAGAGACAGAGCUUUCAGUGGAGAUAGAGACAGAGCUUUCAGUGGAGAUAGAGACAGAGCUUUCUGUGGAGAUAGAGACAGAGCUUUCUGUGGAGAUAGAGACAGAGCUUUCAGUGGAGAUAGAGACAGAGCUUUCAGUGGAGAUAGAGACAGAGUUUACAGUGGAGAUAGAGACAGAGCUUACAGUGGAGAUAGAGACAGAGCUUUCAGUGGAGAUAGAGGCAGAGACAGAGCUUUCUGUGGAGAUAGAGACAGAGCUUUUCGUGGAGAUAGAGACAGAGCUUUUCGUGGAGAUAGAGACAGAGCUUACCGUGGAGAUAGAGACAGAGCUUACCGUGGAGAUAGAGACAGAACUUUCAGUUGAGAUAGAGACAGCGCUUUCAGUGGAGACAGAGACAGAGCUUUCCGUGGGGAUAGAGACAGAGCUUUCCGUAGGGAUAGAGACAGAGCUUUCAUUGGAGAUAGAGACAGAGCUUUCAUUGGAGAUAGAGACAGAGCUUUCCGUGCAGAGACAGAGCUUUCGUGGAUAUAGAGACAGAGCUUUCCGUCGAUAUAGAAACGGAGCUUUCCUUUGA